AGGGUUUGAAAGCUUCGUCUUCUUCAAGAAAGGGGAAAAAAGCCGUUCCGCGUUGUUUAUUCAUAUUCCGGAGCUUCUGUCGGGGAAUUGUGGUCUGCGGUCUGAACGGAGGAUGGGGUUGACGAAUUUCGUGCUUACAGUGGCUGGUGUUAGCGCCGUAAUUCUUCUGCUGAGGAGUGAUGUGAAGCAGUCUGCUUCUAUUUUCCGGCGAAACGUCAAGCACAUCCGCCAGUGGCUUGAGGAAGAAUCGGCCGACGCGUCCAAGGCCAUAAAGAAGUCCGCCAAGGAACUGGAAUCGAAGGUUUCGCCGAAGGACGUUCCCAAGAAGGACAGAGAGUAAUAUUUGAGGAUCAUAGGAUAAGAAUGUCUGGCUCACUCCCCUCGCUUCUUUCUGCUUCUCUCUCUUCUCUCUACAUUUGCCAUAAUGCGUGGUCUGCUACUAUGAAGUGUUCGCAAUGUCUGUUCAUAGAAAUCCUUCAUAGUCCCUAUUUUUUCUUGCAAUAGUAUAUUUACCGAGAUCACGAGUUGAAAGUCGUUUCUGCGGUAUAAAGAAUUUCAGAAAAUCUUUAUGAUCAGGGUUCUGAAAAUCAUUGGAUGGUGACCUUUGGUAGCACCCACAACUUGGUCAAUAGGGAAGUUGAAUUUGUGUUCAGGCCUGCAUAUGAGUUGAAUUUCUGUAAGAAAGAAAUUUUAGAAAAUAAGCGAACGUGUAUUAUGAGGUACAAAACAACAACGAGAUGAACAUGUAUUAUUCAGGAUUUAAAAUUGUCUCCAAUAAAAGAUACUUGUACCCGGUGGAAAAA